AUGCGCCCGUGCCGCGAACCCACACGCGAGAGAGCCCCGCGACCGCCUACCAGGGAACUUGCCUCCUGGCGCAUGGAGCAACCGUCAGUCAAUGAGCGGCCCAGGCCCGUGCAAGGAACGCGUCCGCGCCCCCACGGACCCAGAGCUGGGCACGCCGAAUCCGCUCCCGCAAGCCCAACCGCGACCGUCCGGCGGAUCGCGGGAACCACCUCAGGAACCGAAAGUCACCUCGGCGGCCUUCGAGGCGAACAACCCGACCCGCCCCCCGAGCCCCUCGCCGUAACCAUCGCCCACGAGUACUAA